AUGGGUAGUGGAGAAUGACUGUAUGGACAGCUGAUUUCUCCUCCCCUGUGAGGCCCUUCCCUAACUGUUUGGGCCGCUCGGUGAGGCAGUGAUGCGGUGUUGUAGGGUGGAGGAGGACGGGAGGAGGAUGGGAGCCAGAAUGGAGCAUCAGUACCGAGGCGCACCGAGACUGUGUGAUAGAGACGGAAAGCGGCCAAAAAACGGACAAAAGGGGGAACAUCCGAGCCUUCUGAGCCCCCCUCACACCCAAAACACCUGAGUCAGACAGGACCGCAGCAGCAGGAGGACCGGUUCGGAGGUGACGACGCGCGGAAAGCGGCUUUAUUUUGGCUUUUCUUUUUCUCUAGCCAGCAGCACGGCGGGGGAACGAUGAAGGAUCGCACACAGGAACUGCGGAGUGCUAAGGACAGUGACGAUGAUGAGGAAGUCGUCCACAUCGACCGAGGAAACUUCAUGGAUGAAUUCUUCGAGCAGGUGGAGGAGAUCCGCGGCUGCAUCGAGAAGCUCUCGGAGGACGUGGAGCAGGUGAAGAAACAGCACAGUGCCAUCUUGGCGGCGCCCAAUCCUGACGAAAAAACUAAGCAGGAGUUGGAGGAUCUCACAGCUGACAUCAAGAAGACAGCUAAUAAAGUGCGCUUAAAAUUAAAGGCGAUCGAGCAGAGUAUCGAACAGGAGGAGGUGAUGAACAGAUCAUCAGCAGACCUGCGAAUCCGCAAAACACAGCACUCCACUCUCUCGCGUAAGUUCGUGGAGGUGAUGACCGAGUACAACACGACGCAGUCCAAAUACAGAGAUCGCUGUAAAGAUCGUAUCCAGAGGCAGCUGGAGAUCACUGGAAGAACGACCACCAACGAGGAGCUGGAGGACAUGCUGGAGAGCGGGAAACUCGCCGUCUUCACCGAUGAUAUUAAGAUGGACUCCCAGAUGACCAAGCAGGCCCUGAACGAGAUCGAGACCCGUCACACGGAGAUCAUCAAACUGGAGAACAGCAUCCGUGAGCUUCACGACAUGUUUGUGGACAUGGCCAUGCUGGUGGAGAGCCAGGGCGAGAUGAUCGACAGAAUCGAGUACAACGUGGAACAUUCGGUGGAUUACGUAGAACGAGCCGUCUCCGACACCAAGAAGGCCGUCAAGUACCAGAGUCAGGCACGCAAGAAGAAGAUCAUGAUCAUCAUCUGCUGCGUGAUCCUGGGCGUGGUCCUGGCCUCCACUAUCGGAGGAACUUUGGGCUUCUAGACCGUCGAGGGAGAGGAGCGACCUUAAAAAAUAUUUAUCCACAACAUCGACUCCUCUUUAAAGGGGUUCAAUAGGGUCACAUAUAACAAAAAAACCAACAAAAUACGCCAAAAAAAAUCAAAGGAAAAAAGUAAAACUAGUGGAUUAAAGCAUCUAGGAGACGUGAAGGGUUCAAAUCCAUCAAUAAAGCUUCUAUUUACACUCUGUA